GUUGAGCAGACACUGCUCUGCUUCCUGCCUGCUUUGCUCCCCUCCCCUCCGUGGCUGAGAGAAGAAAAAAAAUCUCUGUCUAGGCAUGGGACUCUGGCUGCUGCAGCGCUCUGCAGCUCCUCCCAGGGAAUGACAACAGUUCACAUGGUCAUUAGCUCCAGACGCUGAAGCAGGGGAACUACUCCGAGGCACAUCAGCUGCACCUGGUGUCUCUUUGCUGUGGCUUAAAGAGAGAGGCACGACAGAGCUAUACAGGACUCAGCAAAAAACGAGAUCGUCGACAGAAAGUGCCUUGUCAGACAUCCCUACUUGAGCUGCCUGCCUGCACGUCACCUCCACCAAGCAUGCAACAUUCCCUCCCUCGCUGUGACAGAAGAUAGCUCAACCUCAGCCCCUGCCCUACCAACUCAUCUUUAUCUGGCUCCGUCGCUGCGCUGCCUCAGAAACCCAAGCAGAAAUAUUUAACUGCAGCGGUUGGGGGAACUGGCCGGACUCUCUGCCAAAACAGAGUGCUGACUGACUCAUUCGGAGAAGUUUAGUCAAUACCCAACCCACCGUAUGCACAAAUUUAUAUUCUCGCCCAAGCAGUGCCAUCACCCUCGAAAUAGCACCAGUUUCAGUUAUCUUCCCCACCCCCUCCCCCCUUCUUCACACUACCACCACAUUCGGACGGUCCAUCAGUCCACCCUGCCUCUGAGCAUGCCCCCGUUGACCUGUCAGUGGCCUGCACCUGGGACUAACUGAUUGACGAGCGACGUCUCUUGAUUGACAGCUUCUCUGAUAGCCGCCAUCUCCCAAGCUGCGCCCACAUCCAGGUUGCAAGUCCACCAACUCUGCUGCUCUGAAGUCCGCAAGGGCAAACGACUUUCACUGACCCACAAUUUUUUUUGCUACACUUUUAGUUGUUUUUUUAGCACACUGAAGAGCCAUUAGAGUAUAGCCUCUCCUUAAACAAGUGGCUAGCUUUACCCCACCCCGGCAUUGCUAUGGCUUUAAAUAUUGCUUCGAUGCGAGACACAAAAUGGCUGACGCUGGAGGUGUGCCGACAGUUCCAGAGGGGGACAUGUUCGCGGAGUGACGAGGAAUGCAAAUUUGCGCACCCGCCCAAAAGCUGCCAGGUGGAGAACGGAAGGGUGAUUGCCUGCUUUGACUCGCUAAAGGGCCGAUGUACGCGAGAGAACUGCAAGUACCUCCACCCCCCGGCCCACCUGAAGACCCAGCUGGAGAUCAACGGCCGCAACAACCUCAUUCAACAGAAGACUGCAGCAGCCAUGUUGGCUCAACAGAUGCCUUUCAUGUUCCCUGGCACGACCAUGCAGCCUACCAUGCAGUCGUUUCCUAUUAGCCAGGGGCUGGGCUCCAGCCCGGGGCUGAGCUACGCUCCCUACCUGACCCACAUGACCCACAGCAUGGGCAUGAUGCCCACCGAGAUGCUCCAGCCCAGCACCCAGAGUAUCAUCGUCCCUGGAAGCCCUCCCUGCUCAAUGCAGAGUUCCUCCUCCAACCAGAAGCUUCUACGCACGGACAAGCUGGAGGUGUGCCGGGAGUUCCAGCGGGGCAACUGCGCGCGUGGCGAGACGGACUGCCGCUUCGCUCACCCCAGCGACAGCCCUAUGAUUGACACUAGCGACAACACUGUGACCGUGUGCAUGGACUACAUCAAGUCACGCUGCUCCCGGGAGAAGUGCAAGUACUUCCACCCGCCGGCCCACCUGCAGGCCAAGAUCAAGGCUGCGCAGCAUCAGGCCAACCAGACGGCUGUGGCCGCGCAAGCUGCUGCCAUGACUCAGUCGACUGCCAAAGCAAUGAAGCGACCCCUCGAGGCAACUGUAGAACUGGCGUUCCCCCACGGCUGCCUGCAGCCCCUACCAAAGAGACAAGCACUUGAGAAGAGCAACGGGGCCAGCUCGCUCUUUCACCCCAGUAUGUUGCACUACCAGCAGGCCUUGGCCAACGCACAGCUGCAGCAGCAGACGGCUUUCUGUGGCUUUCCCACAGGGUCAGUCUUGUGCAUGACUCCAGCUAGCAGCCUUGAUCAUCCUGAAGUAACUGUCAGGAAGGAAAUGCAGUGUCAAGAAGCUGCACUGCCAAGCCCAAAACAGCCCUUUUUCUGUACAUACUACCUUCCCCUUCAACAACCUGCAUGCUAAGAGUGUAAUACUACCAAUUAACCAUAAGACUUGAGUGCUGGUGUAAGAUGAUACACACAACAAAAAUAUGUAAAUGUAUUGCUAGGAAACUAUUGCCAUGAAAAUUAUGACAAAAAAGAAUAUGUACUGAACUACAUACACUUAGUGGAGAGUUGGUGAUGAGUUCAUUUUAACGAUUGUUUUCUCUGUUAAAGUAAUAUGGGUCCUUUUUUAUAUUUUGUUUUCAAAACAGAACCUCGAUCUGCACAAAUGUUCACCCUUUGAAAACACUCUUAUUUGCACUAUAAGAGAACUAGUGCUUAUUGUCAAAAGUGCUUCAUUGUUUUAAACAGGAGAGUCACAGAGAAGCCCCUGGUUGCAACUGGCGCUCCAGAUCAAGCUAGAAGGGAUUGUUUUACUUUUUGUUUGUUCUAAUUAUUUUAAAAAGACAAAUGUUAGGAAAGAAGACAUGCUUACUCAAUGACUGUCCUCUUAAUGAUGGUUUGAACGUGUGCCCCCACCCCAUCACCACCACCCCUUUAAAAUGGUGUGGUAUGCACUCCAUAUGAACCAUUUGCCAACAUUUAAUCUCUGGAAAACCAACGGCUUGCCAAACGAAAGUCAUCGCGACUGACAGACUAACGGACAGAAGCGAUUGGAGUCGAUCUGCAAGGGAACAGACGUGGAACAGCUUCGUGGCCAAAACGUGCGGUCGGGCCUCGUUUUUGUGCACGUCUGGGGAAAAAAGAACCUAGAAUAUCGAUUUCUUCUCCUUCGUUAAAUUUCAGUUUUACUUUUGGAUGGGUGCUGACAUUUGGGUUGUGUGUGUGUGUGUGUGUGUGUGAGAGGUUGGGUGGGAGACUCAGAGGGGUUGGUGUUGGGGAGAGUUAUACCUGGCAUCAGGGAGUGCUACUAGCCUAUAUUGCCCCGGUUUGUGUGCCACGGGCUUAACAAAAGCUUGCGGGUGGCCGAAAGCAUACAGCGGGAGAGAGCCUCAGCCUGAUGGGCCAAGCCAUGGAUUCUGCCAGCAGACUGGAACAGACCGACUCGACUGUAAGUCCACCAGAGGCCCCAAAGUCAAGACCACAGGGACGAGGCCUUUUGGGGAGUGGGGCUAGAAGGAGGGAUAAGGGUGAGAUCGGCGAGGGGUGAAACAAGUGCUACGACUCAAAAAGGUGCAUUCAAAGAUGCUAGUCAUCGUCGUGUGAUGACGUGAAGUCAUUGACUGGAGGGCUAUCUGUGACUGUCAGUCGUCACCCUGCUAUCACCGAGAAUCCUGUUUCUAUUUGAGAAAAACUGUAGAAGUGCCUAAAAAUCCUUUAACUUUAAAACAAGCAUCUGGAGAUACAUACUUUGUCAAAGAAAAAAUAAGAAUAUAUUAAAGGAUGGUUCAAGCAAAGUUCCCAAUAGUAUGUUGACCUAUUUAGAGAAAAGACAAUUCACUUUUCAUGCAGAGGCCAUGGUUAAAGCAGUACCCUAGUGUUAUUGUAAACAUAUAUUUAACACAACAAAAAAUAACUUUCUGAAUAGAAUAUAUAUAUAUAAACUAACCAAGAUAGCUUGGUAGAAUGUUUGUUAAACAUUUCAUGAUGUAAUAUUUUGUUCUUACCAUAGGUUUUUAGUAGUUUAUAUUGAAAAAAGUGAUUGAGAAUACAGGAAAUUGUGACUUAUGUGUAAUGUAUGUAACAUGUUUCUUACUUUGAGAGUUUAUAAUCAUGGUUGUAGCAGCAAUGUAUUCACAUUUAUUUCAAUUUGUUUUAUGAUGUUAAGCAUCAAGAUAAGUGUGUCACCAGAACAGUCUGUUAUUUUAUGCCAUGAUAUAGUUAAUUGUGUACUAGCAUUGUUUUAAACCAACCUCCACAUUAUUACCUAAUGGUUUAUGAGAUGUAUGUAUUUCAACUCUAAAUCACACUUCUCGACACUACACAACCAAUUAUUUUCCUUGUGUAUGUGUGUUCAACAAAAAGGAUCAGAAUCAUGACAUUUUCAUGGCGCUUGAUCAACAGACAAUCCACAACGAGACACCUUUGGUUAAAAAAUAAUAAGGCACUGGUCUUAGUAUUUCGUUUUUUGUUUAUUUUUGUUCACUUUCACUGAGAUUUUCUUCUAAGAAGUUACAGUUUUAAUGUAAUCUUUGGUGGAAGGUGAACGAAGGUAUUUUUUUGGGUAACUUAUCGUAUUUUAAUGUUUUGUCAAAUGAGUCAGAAUGAUGUAACCUAUUCUAUUUUGAAAUGAAUGUAAUUUAUUGCGCUGUGCAUACCUACAAGGUCGUCUCUCUUUGGUCAGCCAAUGAGAUGCAGAUCUGAAGCAAGGGGGUGGAGUCUUAAAAAGCCACCAAUAGAAAGCUACUGGAGCUCCCUUGUCUUGUCAUCAACACAGUUCAUCGCAUUACAGUAAUGAACAAGGCUUUAGAAUUGCUUAUUGUUCAACAAAAAAAAAGAAAAUAAGAAUGUUAAUUGUAUAGGUGAAAUUUUACCAAAAAAAUGAUUUAAAUAUGUACUUUUCACUCUAGUAUUUCAUGAUAUUAAGUUGUUGCUGUGGCAACAUAAAGUUGCAAUUACUAGAGUUCUGUAUUUUUGUAAAUUAUGUAAUCAUUAAGUUGACUUUUUUUUCUAGAACACUGCACACAACACUAGAUUGUAAAGCAGAUUUCAACAUUUCUUAUUUGUCAUGAUUAUGACAAUUUUCCUUAGCAGCCUCUAAAGGUGUAACUUUAACACUUAAGAUGUAAUAGAUAAAGUUACCAAUGUUAUUUAGAAUGAAAUUAUAACAAAUUAUCUAUUAAUUGAAUAGUUAAGAUGUACAACUUUUCCCCUGAGAAAGGACCACUGGUUUCAUGCACACCAAUGGAAAAAUAUUUAUGAAUGUAGUUUGUUAAAUUGUUUAUCAUCAGUUAAGGAUUGCACUUCUUCCGGUAAAGUAAAACAUUUCAUUAUUACCGAUGCCAUACCUAAUGAAAUUUGCAAAGUUACUAUACACCAGUAAUUCUAUAUAAUAGUCACUACCUGUUUGUAUCAGAGAAAUAACCUUUGAGCAUCUUGCAUGGAAAAAAGUUUUUAUUAAUAAACAAUAAUUUACUGAA